AGCACCCACGGACCGAGAUGCAUCUUCAGAUUGUAUUCGUUCUCGUGGUUUUGCUGCAAGCUUGGGAACCGGCUUUGGCACAAACGUCAGCCACAGAAGAGGUAGAGUCCACAGGGAUAGCGCAGAAAUUUGCAAAGACAGCUGGGCAAGCGGUCGCUAAAAUCCAGUCCGCUGGGAAAACGGUGCUUGGCUUUGUUGGUGCUUACUAUGAAGACCACAUCCAACCAGUGGCCGACAGCUACACUGAGUGGGCCUCUAAUGUGAGAAGCUCUUUAAGGGAGAAGAUAUGGACAACCAUUGACAACAUGCCAUCAAAGCCCCAAGAUUGAAGAUAAACUUACAACUUAGAGUCCGAGCACCAUGGAUUCAGUUCUGAACCGUCACUGCUAAGAUCAUUUAUUCUUAUUUGUCACUAGGUUUUGGUUAAUCGGAAAAAUAAACACAGACCAGUUUAAAAUCAAAUAAUGUUAAUGUAGUAGACAUUGAAUCCGAACCUAGAAGUUGAAG